CUACUCCACGCGCGCGCUGAGCCUCGCUCAGAAAUCAUGGAGCCUCCGCGCGCGAGCCGCCGGCUCGAGGCUCGCGCUGUGAAACACGCGGCGGUUUGAAUUUUGAAAUUUUUUAACGCAGUUUGAAAGUGUUUCAAUUCAACGGACGUUAACGGUCCCACUGCGGCUGUUUACACGAUAGGGCAGGACUAGGGAAGGAUCCAGGGUGUGGGCUGAGCUCCUUCACCAGAUUCUACCAGAGAAGAACUCAGAGACAACAAUCAGCUAUUAGCAGCCAGAACUUCUCACUCCCACAGAGGGAAAGAUGGGGGAGACCGAGGAAGAGAAAAGCCAGAAGCUUUUUGAGAACUUUGUCCAGGCAUCUACCUGUAAGAGCACACUGCAGGCGUUUAACAUUCUGUGCAGCUAUCUGGAGCUGGAUCCUCUGGAGCACAGCACCUUCUACAGCUGCCUGAAGAGCAGGCUCACCUGCUGGAAAGCUAAAGCACUAUGGUGCAAGCUGGACAAGAGAGCCAGCCACAAGGAGUACAAGAAAGGCAAAGCCUGCGCAGACACCAAGUGUCUGAUAAUUGGAGGAGGCCCCUGUGGUUUACGGACUGCCAUUGAGCUGGCGUUCCUAGGAGCAAAAGCAGUAGUGAUUGAGAAAAGGGACACGUUUUCCAGAAACAAUGUUCUGCACCUCUGGCCCUUCACCAUCCAUGACCUCAGAGGCCUCGGGGCAAAGAAGUUUUACGGGAAGUUCUGCGCAGGAGCCAUAGACCACAUCAGUAUUCGGCAGCUCCAGCUCAUGCUCCUCAAGAUCGCUCUGCUUCUGGGGGUGGAGUUCCAUAUCAACGUGGAGUUUGUUAAGCUCCUGGAGCCUCCAGAAGAUCAGGAGAAUGAGGGACCAGGUUGGAGGGCAGAGAUACGGCCGGGGGAUCACCCUGUGGCUGACUUUGACUUUGACGUGGUGGUGGGGGCUGAUGGACGACGGAACACCCUUGAAGGGUUUCGGCGGAAAGAGUUCCGUGGGAAACUGGCCAUCGCCAUCACGGCUAACUUCAUUAACAGAAACACGACCGCAGAGGCCAAAGUAGAGGAGAUUAGUGGAGUGGCCUUUAUCUUCAACCAGAAAUUCUUCCUGGACCUCAAGCAGGAGACAGGCAUUGAUUUGGAGAACAUUGUGUAUUAUAAAGACAACACUCACUACUUCGUUAUGACGGCUAAGAAGCAGAGUCUUCUGGAUAAAGGAGUCAUCAUUCAUGACUAUAUAGACACAGAUGCACUGCUGAGCAGUGACAACGUAAACCAGGAGGCUCUUCUAAGCUAUGCUCGAGAAGCUGCCGACUUCGCCACUCAUUACCAGCUGCCUACACUGGACUAUGCCAUGAACCACCUCGACCAGCCAGAUGUAGCCAUGUUUGACUUCACUUGUAUGUACGCCUCAGAGAACGCUGCGCUGGUCAGGGAGAGGUUUGGCCAUCAUCUGCUGGUGGCGUUGGUGGGAGACAGUCUGCUGGAGCCUUUUUGGCCGAUGGGGACAGGGUGCGCUCGAGGCUUCUUGGCAGCCUUUGACACAGCUUGGAUGAUCAAGAGCUGGUCACAGCAUAGAAUACCACUGGAUGUUUUGGCAGAGAGGGAGAGUCUUUACCGAUUGUUACCCCAGACAACACCUGAAAACAUUGCCAAGAACUUUGAUCAAUACACCAUCGAUCCUGGAACACGGUAUCCAAACCUCAACUCCAACUGUGUCAGACCACACCAAGUCCGUAACUACUACAUCAGUGGAGAAAUGAAGUCCUGUUCUUUAGAGCGAGCUGCUACCAUUCGGCGCCCAGUGAACCUGGCUCGACGAGAGUCUGAGGUCAGACCCAGCAGGCUGCUGACCUGGUGUCAGAAGCAGACAGAGGGCUAUAAGGGAGUCAGUGUGACGGACCUGGGCUCAUCAUGGAGCAAUGGCCUGGCCUUCUGUGCUCUCAUCCACCGUUUCAGAGCACAUCUCAUAGAUUAUGAUUCACUGAAUGAGGAAGAUGCUGCUAAGAAUCUCCAGCUGGCGUUUGAUGUGGUUGAGAAGGAGUUUGGCAUCAAGCCGUUUACCACAGGCAAGGAGAUGGCAUCAGGCCAGGACCCUGACAAGAACACCAUGGUUACCUACCUCUCCAAAUUCUACGAGCUCUUCAGGGGAACACCUCUUCCACCAUCAGAUUUGAGAAGAGAGACAGAUGGAAAUAAUGGUGAAUCUUCCACAAGACCCUCCCGACCUGUAUAUAGAUCACUCAGCUUAACACAGCCUCAAAAACGAAUUCCAAAGUAUGAUAAAAAGGCAGAUGAUGAUGAUUUCUUUAAAAAAAGAAGACGGACAAUAAACAAUCAUGUGGAACAGGCAACAAACCACAUCAGUCAGAGUUCAUGUUUAGCAUCUGAAGGCCGAGAGCAGAAGGAGAACAAAGUCAGGUUCACUACGUCUCAGCUAGUGGCUAAGUUUGAGGAGAGCACCCCAGUCUGCACUCUUCGUAGGCAGUCUGACUCAAAUGUGGUGAGGCCUCCAAGGCCUCCAUCACUUGAUAUGACAGACGCUCCACCCUUCAACAAAGCCAAGAAGAAGCCCCCACCACCUCCACCCCCUAAGAAGCAGUUCCAGGCAGCCGCCUGCGUCAGACAUGCAGAGGAGUGUCCGUCUGCUCUGCUCAGCGUGCCCUUUUCCAGCCCUCUGUGUGUUUCCCUGAAGCCCACCCGGCCCGCUCACCCACGCACCCGGUCACACACCGAGCCCCCUGACACGCUCUCACGGGCACACGCAGAGGCCUCCAGGAUUUUAGCUCCAUCACUAAAGCAGUGCACUGGCCCACACACACGGUCUAACACACAGCCUGCUAUACAGAGUCCAGACACUGAGGAAAGCCACAGUGCCUCCUGCCACUCUGCUAUUCUGGCCAUGACUUCAAUGCUCCAGCGCCUGCAGAAGGUGGAGGAAAAGAUCAGUCAGAGGAAAACUCAGACUCAAAUUGCUAGAGAGUUCCAUAAAAAAAGCAUAAAGGAGAAAGCGGUCCACUUGAGCUCGCUGUUCUCUGGUGACGGCAUCUCACUGCCUCAGACACAGACAGAUCUCUCUGCUGUAAACCUCACCCUUCAUUCCUGUUCUAAACUAACCUCACCACGCACUGCCUUAACUUCUCCUUCCUCCCAUCCCACAUCUUCAUCCUCUCUGCUGGUGAAGCAGAUUAGCGAGGACAAGAGGCCCACUUUUUGUCUUGAAGCCUGUAAGAUGCCUAAACCAAAGGAGUACAAAAUUGUGAAGUUCUCCAACACAGUUUUCAGUCAGCCUGUACAUCCCCCUCAUUCCAGAUCUAUCUUAAGUCUGCCACACUCUCACCAAGAAUGCACUACAGCUUCUGCUGCUAACCCCUCUGUCCUCCCCUCCUCAUCCUCUACUAAGCAGUUAAGUAGUACCAGAAGCACGUUCAGUUUUAACCAUGAAACUGAAAAGGAGCUGCCGCAGAGAAGCAGCGAUAGAAACAGUCAGAUCUCCAAGAAGACUGUAGCUGCAGACUUUCCUCAUUCUAGCCCAGCUUUACCCCUGCUACAGCCUCCCCAACUCACUGCUGCUUCCUGCUCUUCAUUUCCAUCCAGCAAACCUCAGCAGCUCAGAAUGCUGCUUUCUAAAACGGAAACUCAAGGAGAAACACAGAAAAACUCACAUGUGUGUAGCAGCAGCAGCACUACUUCAUUCACUUUAAGAAAACAAACAGAAGUUCCUCAAUCUAAGGAAGACUCAAAUGGCCCCAAGGAGCGCACUGUGGGGAAGGUGUCUCUGGUGGUUGGAGCUCGGGCUGAGACGCUGCUCACCCUCUAUGAGAACGAUCACAGGCCAAACACUGCCCACUCAGACUCACCGGCUUCCUCUCGGAGGGAAUUCCGCCACAGUCUGGGUGAUGAGUGCCAUGCGUGUAAGAAGCGAGUGUAUGUGGCGGAGCGUCUUCGUGCCGAGGGGCUUUUCUUCCACAGAGAGUGUUUCCGCUGUGACACCUGCAGCGCUCCCUUAAGCCAGGGUGGACAUGCUUUCGAUUCAGAACAAGGGAAGCUGUACUGCAAGCUCCAUUUCUCUCAGCGUAAUUUGGGAAAGCGUGGAGCGAUAUUUGAUACACAUAUGACAACUGACAGCACCAACCACACCAGCAGCAGGCCCAGUGCAGCCAGUGCGGAGAGCUCCCCGAGGCAGUCUCCAGGUACCCUGUCCUCUCUGUUGAAGAGAAGUCUGCACUGGCCGCUGCACGUGAGCCGCACUGUGUGUGCCGUGCCCCGGCGCGUGGCUAACUGGCUGGGUGGGAAAGUGCGGGACGUGGGCCUGCACCUCAGGGACAAUGCGGAGGACUAUGCCUUCCUGUACGAGCUGCUGAGCGUGAGCCUGCCGCUGCUGGCGGCCCUGCACGAGCUCCUGCUGCAGAUGCAGGCCGAGGCUGAACCUCUCCAAGGGCAGCGCCUGCAGGACUGGCUGGAGGAGCACCUGGGCACCUGGCUGUACACAUAGAACCUCAGAAAGUUCCUCUGGUUCUCUCCAGGUUCUGAUUGGAGAGCUCAUUCGCUGCCUUACUGAUUUUUAUUCCCCUUUUGGCUUUCAGUAGUAAUACAAAAUACACACACAUCACAGAGAGCUGACAGGGGUCAGCAGAGACCAGCCGUAUUCUUGACCAGAAUAUGAACUUCUUUUUUCACAAUGAAAAGCGAUCAUGUGAUGCGCUGCAUGAACUUGAGGUGACUCCAUCUCGUCACUUGUUUUCAUUGCCGGGAGUCUGAAAGCUGAACAAUUGGUCUUGGAAACUUUCCAGCCAUUUCUCAUCGCUUCUCUCCGGUUCAAGCAGUUUAAAUAAUUUGUAAAUGUUAAAAAGAGAAAAAAAAGAAAGGGAGCGAACAAAACAAACUUAAAGCACUUUAGUGAGUGAGCUGUCUGGACCUAUGCCAAUAUCAUAUGGCGUGGGAUGGGGGUGUUUUUGCAUGUUUUGUUGGUAAUUAUUAAUGAUUUUUUGUGUGGACUGCAAGUUUACUAAACCAGACUGAGCUAGUCACAAACAGCAUUGUCUGCUCUGCUUACGGUCAUGUGCAAUCAAACUGCCAAAGCAAACAGGGUGUUGUCAUCCCAGCCAAUCUCACGUUACGCUCACGGAUAUCAAACGUUUACAUAUUUUUUAAGAAUGAAACAUGCAGUAGAGGAGGUUUAUACUUGUGGUACCUCUAGUUCAUCCAUCAGGCUCAAGAGAUUUUACAGUAUGUUUCCCUAUUUAUAUUUAAUGUUCCAACAUUAAGUUUAACAUAAUUGCAGCAAUAAAUUAAACAUUUUUGUAUUAAAUAAACAAAUGUGCAGUGCAGGAUCAGACCAUAAAAUAAAAGGAUCUGAUUAUAAAUUGAACAAUUUGGACAGUAUUGUUGCUUUUAGCCAAAAACCUUGUAUGUCUGUUUUUAUUGUUUUAAACAUUUGGCAUAUUUUAAAUCUGGCAGUUGUGUUUUUACAUUAUUAUCAGAACAUCAUUCUAUCAGAAUUUUAUGAUGAAUGGACCAAUAGUAAUACUCAAAAAUGUCUUGGAAUAAAAAUGUUUUCUUUUUUUCUUCUUUCAUUUUAAAUUUUUAGAAGGUUUUUAUACUUCUUUAAGAGAUACAAGGCUCUUUAUUUCGUAGUAGUUCUCUUACAUGUUUUAAUUCUAAGCAUUGUGCAGUGCAACCUCAUAUUAGUUUCCCUGAGACUUAUUGAAGGCUCUGUUCCAUUACUUGGUGAUUAUAAUGCCACAACAAAUAAACUCAGUAAUUAUUGUAGAGUUAUCAGUAAUGUUUGGCCUGAUGCUGAUAACAAAGUAGGUCAAUAUCAGCUUAUACCAUUGGCUAAUCAAAAUAUUGGUCAAGCCCUAUUCAGUUUUUAGCACUAAGAGAACAAGUAGCAGUACUUUUCAUUUUACAGACUGAAACAGGGUCAGAGAAUAGUAUGUGCAGAAUACAUUAAAUCUAAAAAUCACAUUGCAAAAACAAUUGUCUGUGCAAUGAUAGACUAUAAAAUCAAACAGUGCAAAGUAGAAUACAUACAUCCGUUCAAGUCACUGGACCUCCAUCUGUGCCUGAUAAAGGAGUAGAUUAGAAUAGAAAUAGAAAUCUACAUUAAAACACAGUGUUACAGGUUUGCCUGAUGACUGUAGAAACAUGGACACUGUGGUUCCAUUUCCUUCUGUUUUAUAGAAAUGAAGCCAAAAUGGUCAACCGUAUUGUCAAUUUUGCAACCAGAGACUAGAGAGCUACUAAAUUCUUAGAUCUGCCCCAUUUUACCAAAACAAGUAUGUCUCAGACUGCCUUCAUUGAGUUUACAGUGCAGCCUAAAGGACCAGAUGCAAGAAAGAUUUUUCUACUGAAACUCAAUUUGUCCAGUAAUUGUUAUGUUGAAGCAGUACAUACGUUCAUGUAAUUUAUUACCAUUUUUAUUAACAUUUCUAUUUCCAUCAAGCAUUAAAAUAAGACCAUUUAAAAUAAGAAAAUAAUCAGUUAUAGUAUAAUUGGCUAGCUAUUUGCCUGACCGCUCAACUACAACUUAGCUACUCCAUGUAAUGCAGAUGGUCUGCAGAAGACUGUCAAUCACUUUACUUCAAAAUCUAACUCCACCCUCCUAAAAUAUGGCAGAUCAUUGUUUUAAAAUGUACAAAUAUUAGCACAGGGAACCAAACUGUUGAAAUUAGACCCUGGAGAUAAAAAAGACAGUUUAAAGGGAUAGGCAGCGCCAUUGCACUGUCUACAUGCUUUCUACAGUCACUGGGUCUGCCUGAAAGUGCAAAAUGACAGUAUACAGUCUACAAGCACUGAACAAGCGUUUUUACUAUCUUAAUUCCUCAUCUAGAUCAGUCUGGCAGUUGUGUGGUUGUUUUUUUACUAGUAAAAAGGUAUUUUUAUACACUGGAAGGUUUAUUUUUACUGUGCUCUUCCUCACACUUGUUCAGUUUUGUAUGUUUGUAUGAUUUGAUCUAAUCAAUGAGUGUUUUUUAUGCCAAAAGUAUUCUAAAAAGUGAAACAAUGACGUGAAGUGCACAAAAUGCAUGUACACUAGGAGAAGCUCUGGCUGUAGGACCGUAUACUGCACUGUGCUUUAUGACUUAACAUUAUUUAUGGUUCACACACAUCUAUAUACUAUAUGCUGUAUUCUCGCUUGAGUAUUCAUUUUUCUUCUCUUUUCUUCCUGUUAUUCACCUGUAGUCUUUCUCGACCUGUCUGAUGUGUCCACUCCUGAUAUGCUCUAAAAGUCGUGACAGACUCGAGGUGAUCACCUGCAUGGUCACGUGAUGCAGUGCUCAGCACGGGCAUUUCUUUCUUUCAUACACUUUCACUGCUCUUGUUUUACCUGCAUGUAAACGUAAACAGAGUGGUGCUAUACAGUAUGCUCAGAAGACUGUAGACACCCGAUCAUCAGCACAUCUUCUGAAAAUAAGGGUAUCAUCUGGGAGCUAGGCCUGUCACCAUAAUUACUUUUAUGAGUUAUCAUACAUUACAUGGACAAAAAAAUCUUUACUCACUAAGAUACACUGCCUGGACCAAAAAAUAUAUAAUCUAAUAUUUGUUUGAACCAUCUUUAGCUUUAUUUGUGGCACACAUUCACUGUGGCAUAGUUUCUAUAAGCUUCUGCAAUGUUACAAGUUUUAUUUUAAUCCAGUGUUGCAUUAAUUUUUCUCCAAGAUCUUGCAGCAGUAUUGAUGAUGGUAGAGUCUGACCACUGCACAAAGCCUCUUUUCUCCAUCCAGCACAUCCCAAAGAUUCUGAAUGAGGUUAAGGUCUGGACUCUGUGGUGAACUCUCUCUCAAUCCAUGUGUUGAAAUCAUGAUCUCAUGCUACCUGAAUCCUGAACUCUUUCAUAAUUCCAGCCCCAUGAAUCCUGAUAUUGUGAUCUUGGAAUAUGCUCCGUGUUCAUCAGGGAAGAAAAAAAUCCAUUGAUGGAAUAACCUGGUCUAUAUUCAGUAUAUUCAGGUAGUCAGCUGACCUCAUUCUUUCAGCACAUACUGAACCUAAACCUGCAGACCAACUGCAGCAUCAACCCCACAUCAUUUACUUACUUAAAUCCAGGUGGCCACUUUUUUUGGUCAGGCAGUGUAUUUUGCCUAUUGUGUUUACUUAGUAAGGACUUUUUUUCAUCUACACAAAAUUCUUACACAAAAGUCCAUUGCUAUUUAAAAUUGUAUAAUUGUUUCAUAAUGUUAUUAUAAUAUUAUUAUAUCAGUGGUAUCAUUCGUUUUUAAAAUGACAAUAUUUUAGCACAAAUAUUUCUGGGACAAUAAAUCGUUUAAAAAAAUCAGUUAUUGUGACAGGCCUAGUCAAAAUUUGAUUGCAUUCAGUCUUGGGUAUGUUGUUCAGGUCUGGUGUUGAGUGAUUAGCAAUACGCUUUUUUAAAAAAGGAGUGAAAGUCACAAAAUAAAAGGGGUGUCUGAAUACUUUUGGGCAUACUGUAUACUUGGACUUCUUUAACUAAACAGAGUCUUGUUUAGUAAUGGUCAUUAUAAGCCUGAAAGUUUGGAAGUGUGGGGACCUUAAACCCAACUGCUUCUUGUUGGAUUGGAUUCCAAAUGUCUACAGUUCCAGUGUAAAUUCAGUGGUCAUAAUUCUGAUUGAAACUUUGCUACAUUUUAUGUUCAUAACAAGUAUAAAUGUAAAAGUUUGGGCACCCCUGGUCAGAUUUCAUGUGUUGUUCAGUGAAAAUAAGACUGUGUUCACAUUAGCAGGCUAAAGUGACUAAAUUCAGAUGUUUUUUGCCUAAAUGUGAUCACAGAUCUGCUUUUUCGUGACUGUAUGGGGAUGGUCAAAUCCAAUCUUUGAUUCACUUUGGCUAUGUUCAGGCAAAAUGGAUUUGUGUCUCAAAUCAGAUCUGAGCUGAGAUGGGUAUGUCUGCUGUGAAGUGAAGUGGUCAUAGUUGUAUCUGUGUUCAUGAAUGAAUGUGCUUUUUUGAUUUUCAGACUAUCAAAAACCAACCUGUAUACAAUCUAUAUAUUAAAGAAAUCUGAUUGGGCUGACAGUCUGAACAUAACCUUUCAUAUUGGGUACUAGAUUAAAUAUGAAUCUAAAUUAUAGGCAUGCAACAUGAAUGUGAGCGUUUAGAUCGGAUUACAUGCAUCUUGUUGCUUGUAUGUUGUUAGUGCUGUUCUUAACAAUGGAGUCAAUGUGCAUAAAUGUAUGACUGCUUGUAUGUGUCAUUCCAGGGACAGAUUUGUUUAUAUUACAGACUGUGGGCCCUAUCUUACACCCUGCGCAAGAUACGUUUCGAUGCUUAUUGCUAUCUUACACCCCGCCAACAGUCUAUUUUCACACAUUGCACCUUUGUGGUUGCAAUAGCAACGGUGCUUGUGAAUAUAUCUAUGCUGAUGGGUCUGGUGGUCUGGAAAUUAGGUAUGUUCAGGUACAUUUCUGACACAUUGCUAUCUUGGCAAUGGAAAACACAGGUGCAACACUGACUGAAUACAACCCAAACAGACACCAACAGUCCCAAAGCACAUACUGUUCCUGUAAAUAAGCUGCUCACUGACCUUCUCAGCAUGACUAAGUAGGUCUGUUUUCUCUGCUGAGAAGUGCAGGACCUUUGCGCUGUUAAAAUAGCAAUCCGCGAAAGUCAGAGCAUACCCAAUGGAAAGUGACACAGUGAUUUAUUAAUUGAUUAAAGGGGUUUGUAAUAUGAACAUAUCCUAAGUGCACAUUAAAACUUUCCCCACAUUUCUUUCCACACUGUUCACUUAUUAUUACUCAGAAUAAAACAACUCAACAGACUCUGAUCUGAACAGCAGACACUAUUCUCAUUCCUGGAACUUUAGCCGAGCUGCUGUUUUCUCAGUGUAUCACUGUUUGUACAGCAGCGUGCAGGACUGUGUGUGAAGCUCAGUCUGAUGUGUGACAGCGUUGGGGAAAGGAAUGCUGGAAGGCACUCCCUCCCUGUUCUCUGUUCUCGCAUAUGCAUGGCAGUAGAUGUCAGGACUAACAGGAAUGUUCCUGUGAAGCAUCUGUAACCCUGUUCUCUGUGUUCUCUGUACCUGUUAUUUAUUCUUCUCUGUUUCAGAGGCUGCUUACCUUACCGAACCUAUCCAGAGCUCUCUGGGGCCUCGUUUAAACUGGGGUUCAGUGUUGUGUAAGAAGACUUUUGAUAGAAUAGCACCUUUUACCCAGACAAGUUGUAAAACUGUAUGACAAAAAUCAGCUGUAUUUUCUGUAUCUAAGCCAUACAUGUUUAAUAAAUGACUCGAGAUUCUGAA